GUUUCUAAAAGCUUCAAGGUGGCUCAGGCCCAAAUAACUCUGAUCCAUACACCUAUCCAGACCAUUUCCACUUCACCUAUUUGUAUCAUCUCGAAUCUCAGUCUCAAAACCGUAACCAGGAAAUCAUGUGGGUCGCUCGACAAUGGAGUCCAUGUAUUCCACACACGCAAUUCACCACCAUUAAUCCGGCCGCGAUGUGCCUUCCAGUCGCCGUUCCUGUGAAUCGCCUUUCGACCGGCAUUCCGAAGAAGUUUCAGCUCUACUCGCAGCUUAGAAACCUCGAUUUAGGUUAUACAGCGGAGAAAAAGCAGCAAACACGGAAGAAAUCACAAACAAAGCAAAGAGCAGAAGAACAAGUAGAAGAAAAGCAAGGAAAUUCGAAGAAGAAACUGAGCGGUAUUGAUGUAUUGCAGGCGCUGGAAAAAGCGAGAGCUCAGAAAAUGAAGAAAAAGAGAAAUGGAAGAGAUAGUUCAUUGUUAAGUAGUAGAAAAGUGACUGAACAGAGAAGAAAUGGAACACCAGAAGAUGAAGCUGUGGCGGAUUACAAAAUUGUUCGACCAUUGGGCAUAAAAGAAGAUUGGGGAAGUCGUUUGGAUGAACUGGAAAAAAGACUUGUGGAUACAACACCUGCUGCUUCAAUAUGCACAAUUGCUGAAUACUAACAUACAUACAUACAUACACAUGAAACAGUUUAUUAUUCUGAUUUUACUGCAUUCUUCACCUGCAAAUCCCUGUAACUUGAUGCCUAAUUAUAAUAUAGGUUUUUUGAUCUUGAGUGUUCGGUAUUUGAUUCAAUGAUUUAUGCUCAUCCCUAAUGAAUACGACUAAUUAUUAUCUA